AUGGAGGCCCGCACAGCUGGCCGCGGCGGCCAAUCGCGCGGCUGGGGGGCGGGGCCGCGUCACGUGGCGCGCAGGGGGCGCGGCGCCGGCGGCCACCCGGCACGCGGCGGGCCUCGGGACGGUUCGCGGCCCGGCCCCGCGCCGGGGAGCGGUGGCGGCAGUGGCUGCGGCAGCAGACACUCGUGCCCUGUGUCGCCCCCAGGCUGCCUCCUGGAGCGGGGCCGUCGGAGACUGCAUGGAGACCCCGCAGAGAAGACUUCCUCCAGAUCUGGAAAGGUCCAGCCUAAGUCUCUGGACUCCAGGGAGCCCGGGCCUCCGGAACUUGAAGGACCACGGGCCUGCGACCCUGAGGCCCUGGGGAAAGGACACGAGGAGAUGUGGAGCCAGAAGUACCACCUGCAGAGCCCACGCGCGAAGAGCAGCAACAGUGAACGGCAAGAUCGAAGCAGAGUUUCCGAAGAGCUUAUAAUGGUUGUCCAAGAAAUGAAAAAAUAUUUCCCAUCAGAGAGACCCAAUAAGCCGAGCACUCUAGACGCCCUCAACUAUGCCCUUCGUUGGGUACACAGUGUGCAAGCAAACAGUGAGUUUUUCCAGAUUCUCCGUCCAGAUGGAGCACCUCGAGCAGAUGUGACCACGUACAGUCUUGAGGAACUGAGCACGGUUGCUUCAGAACACGCUUCCAAAAACACAGAUACCUUUGUGGCGGUGUUUUCAUUUCUGUCUGGAAGGUUAGUGCACGUUUCUGAACAGGCCACUUCGAUCCUGAACUGUAAGAAGGAUUUCUUGGAGUCCUCGCACUUUGUUGAACUGCUCGCCCCUCAAGAUGUGAGGGUGUUCUGUGCACACACUGUCCACGCUCAGCUUCCCUUCUGGAACAGCUGGACCCAAAGAGCAUCUCAGUACGAAUUCGCUCCAGUGAAAUCCUUUUUCUGCAGGAUCCGUGGAGGCAAAGUCAGAGAGCAAGAGAAGCGUUACUACCCAUUCCGGAUUAUUCCCUAUUUGAUGCGCGUACAUGUCUCUACCCAGCGGGAACCUGAGUCGUGCUGUCUCAUCCUGGUGGAGAAAGUUCGCUCUGGUUAUGAAGCUCCUCGAAUCCCGAUGGAUAAAAGAAUUUUUACCACAACACACACCCCAGGGUGUGUUUUUCUUGAAAUAGACGAAAGAGCGGUGUCUCUGCUGGGUUACCUACCUCAGGAUCUGCUGGGGACAUCCAUCUUGGCGUACGUGCACCCCGAAGACCGUUCUCUCAUGGUUGCCAUACACCAAAAAGUCUUGAAGUAUGCAGGCCACCCUCCCUUUGAACACUCACCCAUUCGAUUCCGUACCCAAAAUGGAGAUUACGUCAUAUUGGACUCCAGCUGGUCCAGCUUCGUGAACCCGUGGAGCCAGAAGGUUUCUUUCAUCAUCGGUCGGCAUAAAGUUUGAACGAGUCCGCUGAAUGAGGAUGUUUUCGCGACCCGAAUAAAAAAGACGAACCAUAAUGACAAAGUUGUAACAGAAUUGCAAGAACAAAUUCACAAACUUCUCUUACAGCCGGUUCACACGAGCGCCUCCGGCAGCUACGGGAGCCCGGGCGGCAGCGCCUCGCGGGAGCAGCGCGUCAGGAACGCGUCGUCUAGGGAGGCCGGCGGGCCCCGCGCCGCGCACGCGCACGGGGAGCUGGUACGUGAGCCACGUCGCGUCUGCGCAGGCGCGUCCUCCACCCUCGUUAGAGAUUCUGGAUCUUACUGGAUCGCAGACGCCCUGUUUACCCCAUUUUGGUUUGAAACAAUGGCUGUUAAAAGAAAAUACCAGCUUUGGAAGCUGACUUUGCAGCAGGUCUCUGCCAGUCUAAACAAAAUUAAGAAUCUCGGUCAGCAGCUCUACAUUGACUCAAUGGCCAAGUCACCAAAUAAGCAAGUGACGGCGAUGCGCACAGGACGGCUUGGCGAUGAGCAGAAGGUCUCUUCUGCCUUCCAGACGUUGAAAGACGAUAGCAUGCAUGUGGAGUCUAGUGAAGAUUGGAGAAAAGACCAGCAUAGCCUAUCUUAUCAGCAAAUAAACUGCAUUGACAGUGUUAUCAGAUACAGAUACAGGAGGAGCUGCGACGUUCCGGCUUUGAAAAGGAAGAGCGCGUCCUCUUCAUCCUCGGAAGACAGAACCACAAGGCAAAUGAUGCCCAGACCUUGCACGGUAACGCGAGUGUUUGGAUUUUUCUUUUCACUGUCGGUUUCUCUCAUGCCCCCAGCUGCGCCUCAGACCCCAGCCACAGCUCACUUGGAGAUGUCUACUGCCAGGGGGUCUGCAGACGCUACAGGACGCGCCCCCCAGAGCCUGUCCCCGGCGGCGCUGAGCCUGGGCUCUGGCACAAGCCAGUGUAGCUACGGCAGCACCGUUGUCCACGCCCCGCCACCAGAGUCAGUGACUCUGGCAGAGGAUGCUGUCCCAGCGUGUGAGCCCUGGACCCCGUGCUCACACCCAGGUCCGCGGACCUCAGAAGAAUUUCAACAUGUAGGGCUCACAAAAGCCGUGCUGUCAGCCCACGCACAGAAGGAGGAACAGAAUUAUGUUGAUAAAUUCCGAGAAAAGAUCCUGUCAUUGCCCUACGGAGCCUGUCUUCCGCAAGAAAGCAGAAGCAAACCUAAACAUUUGUACGUUCAAGGAGGCUCCGCUUCCAAGCAGAGCAGCGCGGCCGGCGGCAAGAAGGGGAAGCACAGGGGGAAGAAGCUGCCACAGCUGCCGGGCAGCAGUGGCACUAAGGACGCCUUCCGUCCCCACUUGCGAGGGGACGUCCAGGACACACAGCCCUGGGGCCCCUCCCCCGCCUCCUCUCCGUGGGCCUCCGGCCUGUCGUUCCCGGCUCCUUCCCCCGUCCCGGCCCUGCCCCGUGCGGGAGGAGGCCACGUGGCAGCAGUGGCUCCGUUUGAAUGUCUGUCUGAGCCACGUUUGCCCAACUGCUUGCAGUCUUUUCCUGCCCCCCCCCCCCACUUAGAUACUUUGAUGACCAUUUUCCUGCACGAACCCCCUGUCUGUCCCCUUUUGUCACCAUCCUUCCCUCCAUAUCCAUUCUUGGGAGCACCAGACUCUUCCAAAAUUCCACCCUCAGCAUCAGCAGUGGCUGCCAGCCUGGAACCCCCGUGGUCGGUCCUCAGCCGAAGGCGAGCUGAGGGGAAAUGGGAGAUGCCGCGUGAAGAGCACGCACUCACUACCUCGAGGAGCAGCUCACCACUGUGGCUCAACUUACUGCAGGAAGACACGCUCAGAUCCCGCGAAUCUUCAGAUCAGAUGAGAGGGGUAUUUGCCCAGAAGCCGAGGAUGUGUCUCCUAAUCUGUAAUUGUUGUUGGUCUUUGAUAGGAAGCAGUGACCACAGUAUAUACUCCACUAGUGGUGAUUAUUCUUCUGAAAUCACCUCAGAGGGACAGCAGUCUCAGGAUGUACAGAAGAAAGAAACAUUUCCCGGUUUUGCUGAAGAGUCCAUGUGGAGAAUGAUAAAACAGACACCUGAGUGCAUUCUAAUGACAUAUCAGGUACCUGAGAGGGUGAAAGAGACCGUGCUGAAAGGGGACCUGGAGAGGCUGGUGGGCAUGCGGCCGCAGCAACCCCAGUUUUCACGCACGCAGAGGGAGGAGCUGGCCAAGGUGCACUCUUGGAUUCAGAGUCAGGCUGUCCCCGAGAUAGACAUCCAGGGCUGUGUCACCUGCGAAAGCAAAGAUUCCCUUGGUGACGCCGCAGAGUCCUGUGGUCAAGCUCCAGCAGCAAACGGCAGUUGAGUGGCCACGGAGAUGGCACCUGCCGGACAAGCAGACCUCUUGGUGUGUCUCUUUAACCCCUGACUCCUACAUGGCCAUGAAGCUAUCAGUGAAUGUGAAGGUUUUCCCUUCUGGACUUUUUAACAGGCAUCAUUUUGCUGAAACAGACGUUGUAUAUACCGUCUUUCAUUCCUGUGUUCCUGGUGUAUUAAAGCUGUCAGUCAGCUUCUCUUUCUGGUUGGCCGUCCUCUGAGCAGAUUGGAUGGCCUCUAGAGAGGUGUGUGCACAGCGAAACUUGACUUCGGGUGUCACCCAAAAUGGAUGGUAGUUAGAAGUAUGGCUAGAAGUAGCCCCGAACGUUAGCCUCGUUUAUUUCGUUCUGUUGUUACGUGGAUCAUUUUCCUGUGGGAGGACGUAGGACGUCCACCUGCAGGCCAUAUACUGUUCGGAAUGGUUUCCAUAAGUUGCGUACUUUCAUGCGGCCUGUGCACAACUUGGUGCUUCCCCUCGAGAUUAAGAGGAGACGUUCCGCUUCCUCACGACGCCAAGUCACUUCAGUAUUUACCAGUGUUAGAAAAUAUCACCCAUCAGUACACUGGGAAUAGCUGGCUUUUAGGUUUGGAUUCUGAGCUUUAUUCCUAUAGAUGCCUUUCCUUUUAAUAUUCCACCUUCCACUGAAAUUCCCAAAGUCUUAUCUUAAAAACCAGUCUACUUACAAUGAGCUUAUUCCUUGGAGUUAAGUUAGCUUUUGCAUCUGUAACAUUAAAACAGAAAGAGCUCUGGGGCGCCUGGGUGGCUCAGUCGGUUGAGCG